AUGACGGCUGGAAGGACCACCAAUGUGCACUCCCUUGUGGAGAUUGGAGCAACGUUUCUGGCUGGCUUUGUCACAUCCUUUGCUCUAUUGAACGCUGUCUGGUAUCUUGUUCCUUCCGUUGACGAUGAAGGAGCAGGACCAGAUUCUCAAACAGCACCACAGCCACCACCACGAUUUCCCUGGGAACCAAUUCAAGAAGGAGGAAGAGAAGAAAUCGAUGGCACGACCAUGCCGCCACUUACCACGAAAGUGCAUCGCCCAUCCAAACCAGUAGAGGAUAGUACCGGUAUUCAACUGCAAUUCCUGGCACAAAUGACGUUUGCCAAUGGAGGCAUUAGAGCACCCAGUUGUCCUUGCUGCAUCUAG